AUGCAAAUGAUUAAACUUUAUAAUUUAUUUUUAAUCAUUUUAUCAUAUAAUAUUUAUGGUCAAUAUAUAAAAACAUUACCGGAUCAUUUGAAUAGAUUCAAGUUUCCUGUUAGAUAUCUUUCAGAAAAACAUUAUUUACCAAAUAUACUAUCAUCAACAUCGUCGUCAUCGUCAAAGGAAGGAGUGGUAGCAGUUCCAGAAGCUUCUGUGGCAGGAUUAACUUCUUCAUCAUCGUCAUCAUCUUCUUCUUCAGUGUUUCCAUCUUUUAUACAAACCAAAAUACAACGUAAAUUUUCUGAUUUUCACGAUAAAUUUUAUUUUGAUGAUGCAUCAGUAUUAUCUGCUUCUAAUUCUUAUUCAUCAGCAAAUAAUCUUCCAUUGAAUAGCAAAACUGUUAGCAACAACUCAACUACUAUUACUACUACUAACAAUAAUAAUAAUAAUAAGAUUAUUAUUGAUGAAAUCAAUAAUAAUUUACAAACUUCCUAUUUAUGGAAUAAAGAGCAUGAAUUAAAUCCAUACAGACAACAAAUAGCUCAACAAUCACGUCUAUUGAAUCAGUAUUCUGAUAAAAAAUUAUUUGAUAUUACAAAAACAAAAUUUAUGAAAUUACCUACCUCUUCAUCAUCUUUUCAACCGCUUACAGUAUACCCUUCAUCAGUUAUACAAAGAACAUAUAAUAAAAGUUUAUCAAAUUAUGUUGAUCAUCAGAAACAACAAUCAAAGCAUAAAACAAAAUUGAAAUGGCAGAAUCAACAAAAUUCAGUAGUCAAUUCAAUAAAAUUUAAACAGAAUAAAAAUAAUACAGAAGAUAAAGUAUCUCAAAUUAAAGGACGUUGGUGGUUAGAUACGAUAGCUAAACUUUUACAUUCACAUCCAUUAACUCUGUCUGGUAAUUCACGGAGUUUAUAUAAUCCAAUCAUUGAAAUCUAUGCUGAAAAUAAUCAAUCACCAUCUAUUGCAAUGAAUUCAGAAACUAUGAUACCAUGGAAUAAUGUACCAGGAUUAAAUUAUCAGAAUGAAAGACAAAUUGUUCCGUAUGUGAACCAUGAAAUUCAUGCUGGUUCUAGUAACAAUAAUAAUGAAAACCAUCCAUCAGUUUAUGGAUGGAGACGACAGAUUUUCGAUCCUAUCUCACAUAAUACAGCAUGGAUAGAGCAUCACCUCAGACAACGUAUACAACGUUACAAACAAUGGUUAUCACCAAAACAAUGGAAACAAUUCUUAACAGAUGAUUCUACAACUAUUGGUAGUCGAAUGAACGCACCGGCUAAAUUUAAUCUUGCUUUAUUUGAAGCUGCAGUGGUUGGUGUAAGACGUGCAGUAGCUGAAUGUCGUUAUCAGUUUCGGCAUGAAAGAUGGAAUUGUAGUCAAGUGCUUGAUGAUGAAACUGCUUUAUUUGGAAAUAUUUUAUUGAAAGGUAUACCACAAACUGCAUUUAUUUAUUCAAUUAUCAAUGCUGGAAUAGUUCAAUCUGUAGCUGAAGCAUGUUUAAAUCAAAUCGAUAAUUGUCCAUGUAAUAAUCGUGGUAGACAAGAACCAUUUUCAGACUGGCAGUGGCAAGGAUGUGAUCAUAAUAUUCAUUAUGGUAGAAGAUUUUCUCGACGUUUACUCGAUACAAUGGAACGUGGUUCACAUAUAAGAUUUGAAAUGAAUUUACAUAAUAAUGGUGUUGGUCGACAAUUAGUUAUUAAAAAUAUGGAACGUUACUGUCGAUGCCAUGGAACAAGUGGAUCGUGUACCUUAAGAACCUGUUAUCGAAGAACACCACGAAUGAGAACACUUGGAACUUUGUUAAAACAUAUAUAUGAUCAUGAUUUAGUACAAGUUAAAUUAGAUUCCAAUAGUCUACGAUCAACCCGUAGUACUUACGAAGAUAAACAAGAAACCUCUUCAUCUACAUCAAACUAUUUUAAACAAUCAUAUUUAGAUAAAGCUAUGAAAUUUAUACCUUAUCAGAAUAAUAUGAUCUCUAUAAACAAUGAUCAUUAUGACAGAAACGUCAACAAUGUAAAGAAACCUUUGAAAAAAUCAAAUUUGAUUAUUAUAAACCCAACAACAAAAACAACAACAACAACAACAACAACUAUUCAUUCAUCAAUGUUAAUUAAAUCAAAUGAAUUUAUGAAUAAUUCAAUACAUCCACAUCUAUCACAAUUAGUUUAUUAUGAAUUAGUAAAUGAGAAAUUAUUUUGUAAUUCAAAUCCAUUUUAUCAUAUAUUAGGUACAAAAGGUCGAUUAUGUAAUUCAUCAUCAAUUCAUAUGAAUAAUUGUCAUCAUUUAUGUUGUGGUCGUGGUUAUAUAACACAUCAUUAUUAUAUAAUGGAAUCAUGUAAUUGUAAAUUUAUAUGGUGUUGUCGUGUUGAAUGUCAACAAUGUUUAGUUUUAAAAAAAGUAGAAACUUGUAUUUAA